ACCAACAUUUCUGCAAUGGGGUAUGAUACAACAGGAUACCGUGAGGAGAAGUGCUCUCCGGCCUGCCCCUAUGACCAACUGCCCUGGAUAGCUGCUACUGCAGUGCUAGCCGCGGGUCUGCUGUUUGCAACAGUGUGUGCCGUAAGAGCUUGGAAGAUGGCCAACCGAACAAGACUUGGCAGUGAUGGCCUACUCAACAAAGCUCCACCCAACCAAGGGAACUCCCAGGUGUUCUUCAGAAGUGGGGAGGACAUCUAUGCUAACAUUGAUACACUGAUGAACACGGUCGGACCGAGACAGGAUCCUGUUGGAGCAGGAGAAGAGGCUGCUGGACUGGGAGAAGAGGCUGCUGGACUGGGAGAAGAGGCUGUUGGACUGGGAGAAGGGGCUGUUGGACUGGGAGAAGGGGCUGUUGGACUGGGAGAAGGGGCUGUUGGACUGGGAGAAGGGGCUGUUGGACUGGGAGAAGGGGCUGUUGGACUGGGAGAAGGGGCUGUUGGACUGGGAGAAGGGGCCGACUGUGAUGUGGUGUACACAACAGUGAAAUGGAAGAAGAAGUCCUAGAAAAAAGAGGUCUGAGCUCCUGGGGCAGAGACCCUCUGGGGCCCAGGGCCCCGGAGGCCCCUACACUUCCUCUGGGGUGGAUGAGGGAUGAGCUAAGGGCCGGAGGGAUGAGUUAAGGGCUACAUUGAUGGGUAAAGGCUAGAGGGAUGAGUUAAGGGCUACAUUGAUGAGUAAAGGCUAGAGGGAUGAGUUAAGGGCUACAUUGAUGGGUAAAGGCUAGAGGGAUGAGUUAAGGGCUACAGGGAUGAGUUAAUGUUAGAGGGCUGAGUUAAGGGCUACAUUGAUGGGUAAAGGCUAGAGGGAGGAGUUAUGGGCUACCUGGAUGAGUUAAGGGAUGUAGGGAUGAGUUAAGGGCUAGAGGGAUGAGUACGGGGCUAGGCCAGGGGCCGUAUUCCCAAAGAAUCGUAGGGUUAAAAGUUAGGGUUAGUGGCUGAUUUAGGAGAAACCCUUAAGAAUAAUGGGCGUGUCAGUCUUAAAUGUUGGACUCCUAAUUGAUUUAAAUUAGAGCAAUUCACAAAGUAUUAUGGGCCCAAAAGUAGAACCCAAGUCUAGGAGAGCUUAAAAGUCCUCGAGAGGACUCCUAACUCAGUAAGACCUAUUCACAAAGAAUCAGAAAAUGGCUGCAGCGAGACAAUUUUUUUUUGAGAUAAUAGAGGACUUCGAAUUGAUAAAGAGAUAUAGGCGUAAGGGUAUCAAACUUGUGGUUGAAUUUGUGAAUAACACCUCGACAUUUAGCAACAGGGAAAAUGCAACUUUGCAAUGCUGACGAUUUAGGAAUAUCGCUGUUAAGGGAAACGUAUAAAUAUGUCCUUAGUUGUUGUAUAUAUAUGUAUAUAUAUAGUGUUGAUUCUUUACCCAAGUCCUCAGAUUAUUGAACCACUGUGGGGAGCUGGGUAAAUAUGCAGGCUUGCGUCAUAUGUAAAUGAAGGUGCGUUCACAUCGAGCACAUGUUCAGGAUGUAUAAUGCAGUUCUAAGAGAGCUCGGCCGAGCGUAACAUGCAUAAAUGGUAUUGAGAAAAUAUAUCGUAAACCAUGCCCAAGAGCUAAAGAGUUCACCGCCUCCGUCCCAACUAUCUCUCAGAGUGUAGCGUACGGGGAAGCGGCCUUCCUUAACGUCAACAAUCGCAACAUCAGUGAUGGUUAAAACACACGGGGCUGUAAAGCUUAGAUCGAGUGGUGACUCUUUGUCGCUGGCGUGGUGGAGUAUACGUAGAACGAAUAGUAUUCACUUCAGCCUUAUGACAUAUUUAUUCACCGUUCAGAAGAGCCUACAGCAGGGGUGCCCAACCUUUUUUGACCCAAGAUCUACUUUUCAAGUAGCCAAUCUCCCGAGAUCUACCAGCCUAGUGUC